CCGGCUUUUUAAAGGGUACCCGGGGGACCACUCUCUGGGACGGUGGGAAGAGACAGGGAAAGCAGAGGUAGGUGGUGUAAUGUGAUGGUCCUGGGGGAGGAGAUUCUAGGGGUUUAACGAUUAGAUUAAAUCUGGCUGAGCCCUGGGGGGAAAACCGGAAAAGGUCGGGAUUAGCUACUGUCCAGGUACUGCAACUCCUACCGGAGAUGGAGUGGAAACUGGAGCGCACCGCCCGGCGGAGGAUCCGGACCGAAGAAGAGAUGCUGUGGGAGAAUGUUAUGCGGGUGCUCGCCCAGAACAUGAAGCAGCGGAGAAGUCCAGGUUCCCCCAAGGUAUUGGAUUCAGUUACCACGCCGUACUCCAGCUUCAAGAGCACAAUUGUGAAGAGGCUGUCAGCUGAAGUUCCUGUGGCCAGUAGCCCACUCACCACAAGAUGGCAGCAAAGUCAAAUCAGGGAUUCGGAAACCUAUUCCUUUGGGGAUGAGCAUUCAGUCAGCAAUAUCUCAGAAUCUGUGGGAACAGUGCUGAAGAUAACGCCUGAGAAAGCCUCCUUGACUCUAGGAUCUUAUAAAGAAAUACCAAAGACUCCUGUCGAAGGCAGCUCUGAAACAAAUAACUCUGCCCUCCAUUUUUGCACGGCAUCUCAUGCACUGGACAGAGAUGGGAAGGAAAAUGUCUCCAAAGGCCAGAAAUGCCUAAACCAGGUAUUUUCAGCCCAGAAAGUGAUCCAGAAAAUUAAUGGGAAAAUGCAGCUUUGCGAAGAGUCCCAGUGCAUUUGGAAAGGCUGCAGAGAUGGGGUCAGAGAUGAAUCCUUCCAUCUUCAAAAGGUCAGAGAUGUGAACUGUCCCACAUGGCAACCAGAGGUGAAAAUUCAUCUUACUGGCCUUCGCAAUGACUACUAUCUGAAUAUUCUAGACUGGAGUUUUCAGAAUCUUGUUGCUAUAGCCCUUGGGUCUACUGUAUACAUUUGGAACGGAGAAAAUCACAGUGAGGUUGAAAACAUAGACUUAAGUCUCACUUGUAAUUAUAUAUCUUCUGUGUCCUGGAUAAAAAAGGGAACAUGCUUGGCAGUUGGUACCAGCGAAGGAGAAGUGCAAUUAUGGGAUGUGGUAACUAAAAAGCGUCUGAGAAAUAUGCAGGGUCACUUGUCAGUAGUUGGGGCGCUGAGCUGGAAUCACUGUAUCCUUAGCAGUGGGUCAAGACUGGGCCGUGUUUAUCACCAUGAUGUUCGUGCAGCCCAGCAUCAAGUUGGAACCCUUUGCCACAAGCAAGCUGUGUGUGCUUUGAAGUGGUCACCGGAUGGCAGGCUGCUCUCCAGUGGUUGUAGUGAUGGACUGCUGACAAUAUGGCCUCAUGAUCUAGGUGCCCAUGCACAGGGCCAGUCAGUAAAAGUCAUAUCUCAGUCUACAGCUGUCAAGGCUAUAGAUUGGUGUCCCUGGCAGUCUAAGGUCCUUGCUAUUGGAGGAGGAAUGAAGGAUGGAUGCCUACAUGUUUUGGACAUAAGUAGUGGGAAGAGCAUUCAGACUCCAAGCACAAACUCACAGAUUUGUUCCUUACUCUGGCUACCUAAGACACAGGAGAUUGCAACAGGCCAAGGUGCUCCACAGAAUGAUGUGACUCUGUGGACCUGUCCCACUCUGUCCAGGUCCAGUGGGUUUCUGGGCCACAAAGGCAGAGUGCUGCACCUGGCUUUGAGUCCAGACCAGACUCGGGUGUUUUCUGCUGCAGCAGAUGGAACAGCUUGUGUAUGGAAGUACCGCCGGUCACCCAGCGCCUCCUAGUUUCAUUGCUAAGAGAGGACAACGAUAACAGCUUUUCUUCUCCAUGUGAAAAUGAGUAUCAAAUGUGAUGAAGCGCUCUUCCCAACGUGAAUGGCUGCUCUCUGACCUUUUUUCUCAGUCUUUUUUAUUCACUGGUUUCUCCCACUGCAUUUCCCAGAGAUUGUUUUGGACUUCUUUUUCUUUCUCUCCCUCCUCUUUUCCCUUCCUUUUCCCACCUUCUCCUCU